AUGUGUGUGCGGUCGUGCCAGCGGUGCCGCGCGCCCCCGGGGAAGGCCCGCAGCGCAGCCGCCGCUCCCGAGGCCUGCGGACCGACUUUAAAGGGUGUUUUUCCUCCCCGUGAAGCACAUGCCAAUAAACGGCGGUGGAAGGAGGCUAUAGAAAACAUAAGGGAUGGCCCCUUUCCAGGAGUGAUCGACAUGUAUGGUGAUGAAGGGGGUUUAAUUGAAUUUAGAUCCAGCCUCCUGGCCACCCGUGGUUUUGCUGCUCUUUCUCUGCCUUACUUUGACUUUGAAGAUCUGCCUAAGGUCAUGAAAGAAUUCAAACUCGAGUACUUUGAGGAGGCAGCUAGAUUUCUACUGCGUCACCCGAAGGUGAAGGGGCCAGGAGUUGGAGUGAUUGGGACUGGGAAAGGGGCAGAAUUAGCACUCUCCAUGAUCACCUUCCUGCCAGAAGUAGUGGCUGCUGUCUGUAUCUCCGGCUGUAGUUCGAACACAGUUGCAGACCUCCAUUAUGGUGAGAUGACUCUGCCUGGGCUGCGUUUUAAUAUGAAUAAGGUCAGUGUUUCUGACACUGGUGUAUUUGACACUUUUGAAGCUUUGGAUGACCCAAUGAAUCCUGCUAAUUCCCCUUGCACAAUUCCCAUAGAAAAAGCCGAAGGUCACUUUCUCUUAGUGGUAGGGGAAGAUGAUCGUAUGUGGAAGAGCUCCUUAUAUGCUGAGUUGGCAAUUGGGCGUCUGCGCCAGCAUGGGAAAGAAAACUUUGAACUCUUGAGUUAUCCAGGAGCAGGCCACCGAAUCGAUCCUCCUUCUACUCCGUUUUGUCAGGUAGCUGUGGAUCGUGUUCUGGGGGUACCUAUCCUGGGGGGUGGAGAGAGCAAAGCACAUGCCCAUGCACAGGAACACUCCUGGGGAAAGAUUCAGGAGUUCCUGCGCUUGCAUUUGGGAUGAGCACUACAGUACCUGAAAGCUGCUGCUGAGUUGCAGAGGACUGAGCUUGAGCCACCAAAAUGACUAGAGAAUUGGAGGGACUGACUGAGAAAAGGGCUGAAAUAUGAAAUAACCAAGUGACAGCUCAACUAGGGGUGUAAAUCCAAACAGAAAAGGGGUUGUUUGGAUUAGUCUAUUGUAACUAGGCAUCCUGAGGAGAAGUGAAACAAUGAUAACAAAUAGGCUGCAUUUUAGUACAAAUUUGCCAGCCUGAAUUGGUCUUGAUAUCAAGAAACAAGUGUCUGAAGAGAGCGGUAGGUACUCUCUUGCUUGCAGUAUAUGUGACUUAACUUAGCAAGCCAGUCUGCACCAUCAGAAAUGGCAGACUGAUUCCCAUAUGGGGAAAUGAUGGCAACCUCUGGAUGAUAAACUUUGACAUCAAAAUGAAAAAUGAUUCUGGCUUUGAGUCUGAAUCAGGCUACUUCAGCCCAGAACUCUCCAAUUUACAGCCAUAUACGUUUUGGAAGUGUCUUCUAUCUCUAUGAAGCCCGGAGUAUCUAUUUGUAACGAGUCUUUUGUACCUUCGCCUUAGAUAGUGGUCUUUUGCCACAGUCAAUGCUUCUUUCCAACAAAAACUACCUGUAGAGUGAGAAAAUGAAGAGUACUUUUACUGUCCUCUAGGGGAGAGCAGCAGUGCCAGCACUCCCUUGUACUAGUGAUGUAAUCAGCAGGGACUCAUCUGUUCCUAUCACGUCUUGGACUGGCAGUUGACACUCAGGGUAUUCAAGUUCUGCUGGAUAGUGCAGUUAAAUGCAGUUAUGCAGAACUCUUACUUCUCUCUUCAUUGCUUGUUUUAAAAUAGUAACACCUGCCACUAAAUUUUGGAUUAGUUCCUUGUGGAAUUCUUUGGUAAUGAUGUCAACAGAUGCUGACAACUGAUUGCAGGACUGACUAAAAAGCUAAAAUAUCAUGGCAGUGAUUAACUUAAAAUCAUAAUAUUAAAAAAAAAAAAGAAAAAAGAAAAAGCUAAGAUUAUCUUUCCCAUGCCAGGGAUUGCUUUUCAUCCUAAUUAAUUUUUAGUUCGUGCCUUAUUUCUCCCACCAUUUGGGUAGAAAAAAACAGCUUCUUCCAAAAUGACUUGAUUUCUUGAGAGGGUCUUGCUGAAAUGGUGCCAGCGCUGGAGGCCUGUUUAACAAGGUCCUCUGUUGAUACAAUUCUCCUUCCAGGGUCUUUUCUUUCCAGAUCAUUUCAAGGGCUUUCCAGGAAGUUACAAACCCUUCAUUUAUGCUACUGAAUUGUGGUUUGCUCUAAAGGAUCUUUUCUCUCCAAUUAACUGUCGUUAUGCUGAUGCUCAGGUCUCACUAACUUUGUUCUGCAACUCAUAUUACUCCUUGUUGUUUGAGUGCAAGUCACAUGUCCGCUGCACACACCACCACUUCCGAUUGAACGGUUUAGCUAUUCACUCCUUACAAGACAAACUCCAGCAUACUCACUCUGCUCAAAACAUCUUCACAGCCAGCCUCUCUAAAUUCCGGCUGAAGAGGCCUUGCAGAGUCAUUUCUGGUGCUUGAAUCUGCACUAAAACUGGCUGCCCAGAAGUCCAGAAUGGCAGCCUGCUUUGAUGUGUGUAUUGGCGUUUCCCAUGCUUUGUACCCUUCCUUUUUGCCAAAGCCACUCCAGGUCAUAACCAUGGAAGAAAGCGCUGUCCAAAGGUUUCCUUUUGCACUGUCUGCCCUCAUCGUGUGGAUCUCCAGCAGUCAGAGCUAACUGCAUUUGGCUUUAGUUGAACAGUACCUCCGCUAACCCCAUUUUGUUACCCUGCUGGUAUUGAUACCCAUGUCUCUACGCUGCAGUCCUACCGCAGAAUAUCCAGUGCCGUGCAAGAUCAGAAGCUGGAGAUUCAGGAUGCAAAUGUUACGUUGUAAUUAGAACAAAACCCAGGUAGCUUAAAAAUCCCCAAAUUUAUCUCUAAAGCACAAACCUUUAAAGUAAUUCUUACUAGCUAUUAGCAGGUCUAUACAAUUUAAAAGAGAAAUAUCACCUCCUUUAGUAAAGGCAAGGCUAUAUAAGAAUUCAACUUCUUGGUUUUUGUUUCUGAAUGUAUUUAUUUGGACAGCUGAACAAUAUUUUUUUAAACAAAGAAGAGAAGAAAAAUAAAAAACCUAACUUUACUGUGAAAAUACUUUUAGGAUCAGGGCAGGAUACUCAUGGCCAAAACUAUUCACAAAACGGUCUGUAGAAAAGUGGCUUAUUUUUGCACUAGUGUUUGUAUAUUCACAAUGCUACUUGGGGACCGAAGAAACAUCUUAGACACUCUGUAGGUAAUAUAUCUAUUUCCUGAAUGGGGAGUAUCAGAAAUCUUUGUAGUAUGUGUUAAAAUGAGUGACUGUGGCCUUAGUUAAAGCCAUAGUAUUUAUACUGUUUCAAAUACUUUACAUGGCGAAACUCCCCUAGCAUUUCGCUGAGACUAGUGCUUGGAUGGAUGGCUUAGCUUUCUUAGCUAAAUUUGGGGCUAUCUCAUAAUGGAGGCAAAAUUAGGCCUGAGGUGCCAAAAACACUCCCUGACUUAAGGGCAGUCAGUGCAGCAGCCUGAAAAAGCUAUGGCUCUUCUGCUCCUUGCAGAGAGCAGCGAGCAAAGUUUGGGUGACUCCAGCACUACCAGCUUGUGUUACCAACUAAAUGUCAUCAGCCAAAAGCUGACACUUGGGCCAGCUGUGAUAACUAAGCGAUAAUACCUUAUCGGAUCAGAUUACUACUGAAAUGUAUGGUUUGUAUUACAGAAUCAUUUUGUGCAGACACUAUUUGUAAUUUGCUUUUUUUCACUGAUUGACUUAAAUAAAACGUAUACAGUGAUGCUGG